CCAUAUUUGAGCCUGCGCACCACGCUCGAAGCAGGACACACGUGUUGGAUCCAGCAACAGCACUGCCAUACCGUCUACCAAAUUUGGAAUUAGAAGUUUGCGAGAAAGUGACAUUAAAGUGCAGUAUUUUGUUUGUCCUCUCCGUCAGACGUCCUCCGUGAAGCAUUCGCCGAGGGGACCCUGCAUAUCCGACGAUAAAGCAAACCUACAUUUAACUACUAGCUAAUAAAAUAGCUAAAAUCAUGACUGAGCCAGAAGUGAAUCCUAAAGCCUACCCGUUGGCAGACGCCACUCUGAGCAAAACCAUUCUGGACCUUGUUCAACAAGCAUCCAACUACAAACAACUGAGAAAAGGAGCCAAUGAAGCUACUAAAACAUUGAACCGUGGAAUCUCAGAAUUCAUUGUGAUGGCGGCUGAUGCAGAGCCCCUGGAAAUCAUCCUUCACUUGCCGCUGCUCUGCGAGGACAAAAAUGUCCCCUACGUUUUUGUGAGAUCCAAGCAAGCUCUAGGACGGGCAUGUGGAGUCUCCAGACCAGUCAUAGCCACAUCGGUGACCAUCAAGGAGGGCUCUCAGCUGAAGCCUCAGAUCCAGUCAGUCCAAAUGUCCAUUGAGAGACUUUUGGUGUGAUCCUUUUUUUGCUUUUAAAAGCUUGGCAAAUGUUGCCACUGCUGAGACCAUAUGCCAACAUUAUUAUUUUUUACAUCCAGUAAAUGACCUCUUUGUAUAUAGUUUUUUUGUAAUUGUAUAUUCUGUAGGUUCAGUAUAAUGAUAACACAUUAAGCCAAAAUAAAGUUUGGUGAAUCAGA